AGCGGCCUGGGAGGAGCGUGGGAAGGCUGAGGAAGGCCGAGGAGGGGCGGGACCAUUAGGAAGCGCUGGGAGUGAGGUUUCCCACCCGGCAGGGCUGAGGCUCAUGCCCACCCAGACAAGGCUUUAUCCGGGCAGGGCCCGGGGCCUGGAGGGGCGCAGAAGACCCGGCCGAGGAGGCAGGCCCAGGGAGGGCCCCAUCCACAGGGUGAAGUUGGGCCGUAGCGGGGCGGGGCGAGGGGCGUAGCUCCAUCCCCCGCAGGACCCGGGCCGGGGCUGGCCGGUUAGAGCAGGGAGGCCGUAGCGGACAGAGCCCGAUCCGGCUGGAAGCCAGUCAACAUUCCUGCAGGGUCUGGGGGCGGGGCUGGCGGGCCCAAGUCAGGAGGCCGAGGGGGUGUGUCUGGGGCGUGGCCUCCGGAGGGCGGGGCCUGGCCGAAGCCUCUGCGUUCCCCGACGACUGCCGGGAGGGGGACGAUCGAGCUACUGAACCCAGGGCUGCGCAGUCGGACGCUGACUGGGGCGCGAGCGGGCGACGCCAGGCUUGCAGCGCGGAGCAAAAAGCAGAGCCAGCAGCCCCCAGCCAGGUCCCGCCCCGCGCUGACCGACCUGCCUUCUCCGCAGCGAGCUCCCGGACCAGCAGGAUGGGGUCAGCCUGCAUCAAAGUCACCAAAUACUUCCUCUUCCUCUUCAACUUGCUCUUCUUUGUCCUGGGCGCGGUGAUCCUGGGCUUCGGGGUGUGGAUCCUGGCCGACAGGAGCAGCUUCAUCUCUGUCCUGCAAACCUCGUCCACCUCGCUCAAGGCGGGAGCGUAUGUCUUCAUUGGCGUGGGCGGCUUCACCAUGCUCAUGGGCUUCCUGGGCUGCAUUGGUGCUGUCAAUGAGGUCCGCUGCCUGCUGGGGAUGUACUUUGCCUUCGUCCUCCUGAUUCUCAUCGCCCAGGUGACUGCUGGGGUCUUAUUCUACUUCAACAUGGGCAAGCUGAAGCAGGAGAUGGGCGGCAUCGUGACCAAGCUCAUUCAGAACUACACGGAUGGUCACGAGGACAGCCUUCAGGAGGCCUGGGACUACGUGCAGGCUCAGGUGAAGUGCUGCGGCUGGGCCAGCUUCUACAACUGGACAGAAAACGCCGAGCUCAUGAAUCGCAUCAACAUCACCUACCCCUGUUCCUGCAAGAACAAGAGCGAGGACAGCAGCAGCAUUUCGCCGCAGACGGGCUUCUGCGAGGCCCCCGUUGGCAAUGGGACCCAGAGCAGCAACAACCCCGACGAGUGGCCUGUGUACAAGGAGGGCUGCAUGGAGAAGGUGCAGGCCUGGCUGCAGGAGAACCUGGGCAUCAUCCUUGGCGUGUGUGUGGGCGUCGCUGUCAUCGAGCUUCUGGGGAUGCUCCUCUCCAUAUCCUUGUGCCGGCACAUCCAUUCCGAAGACUACAGCAAGGUCCCCAAGUACUGAAGUGGCCGCUGUCCCCACCUCCCUGCCUGUCCCCCAACCUCAGGGCUCCUAGGGGUCUCCCUGGCUCCCCCUCCAGGCCUGCCUCCCACCUCACUGCUAAGACCCCUUGUCCGUCCUGUGCUGGCUGGAAGUGGGGGGCGUCCUGGGGCCUGGACCCCUCUCCUUUGCUUUUCUGCCGCCAGCCUUAAGCCCCAGCUCUUCUGUGGCUCCUCCGCUCACUGUCUGCCAGGGUUGUCUUAGCAACUCCGAGAAGACGCUCCCUGCACAGGUGGGCUGGGUUUCUACCUGCCUUGGGGGCUGUGUAUAUUGCACGGGAGGAAGUGUAUUAAAAACUUGGGGGCGGGGUGGAUAAGGCGCCCUGGGCUGUCGGAUGACUGCCCACUGCGUGGGUCAACUUUGUUUCCACUACUUUGUUUCUACUGUCCUCGGUUUUCACAUUUUCGUUGAGGUGGGAGGGGGGGCUUUACCUGACAUGAGGAGAGCACCCCUUCCCCAGCCUGAGCCAGCCCCACCCGGGCAGCUCAGAUCAGUCUGGGCCGUGCUGUGGGAGCGGUGCCUAAGUGAGCUGGGCUGGAGCGGGACUGCCUGGGCCAGAGGGUCUGGACUGGCCCUGGGCCGCCUAGGGAAUCAGACGGGUGAACCCUCCGGGUGUGGCACAGAGCUGGCCCUGCAUUCUCCAGGACCCUGAGCUGUCCAGGGAAGCUAGAGGAUGCUUUUUCCUGUCCUCUGUCCCCUGGGGACUGGGUGGGUAAGGCUGUGCCUUGUAGGGGAGUGGGGAGGGGCCCUGUGUACAGUUCUGUAAAACAUAGAUGACUGAUUAUUAAAGAGAUUUGUAACGA